CUUGAUACCUGUAGUUAUAUCUCCACCUGAAAUAUUUGAAUUAUAAUAGUAUUAGAUUGGGUAGCAACCAAAAAUGAUCCUAAAAUAUUUGAUUUUCCUCUCCUGCAUUGUCUAUGCACUUGGUUCUUCAAAUGAUGAUACCAGAGUAAUAGGAGGUCAAAACGCCUCCUUGAAUCAAUUUCCAUACCAAGUAUCACUCCGAUACAAAGGUACCCAUUCCUGUGGUGGCUCCAUCUUGGAUUCCAAGACAAUCCUCCUUGCAGCACAUUGCGUAGCAGGAAGUUCCAGUUCCCUAAUGACCAUCCGCCUGGGCCACACUCAACUGAACGCACAAACAGAAGAAUACCCUGUGAAAUCAUUCACUAUCCACGAUGACUAUGAUCCUUUCAAGGUGAUCAACGAUAUUGCUAUCAUUAAACUUACUCAACCUAUCCUUUUACGUGAUGGUGUCCAAGCUAUCACCUUACCACAAAAAGAUACUUUACCAGGUGAAGAUGUGACUCUUUCCGGAUGGGGCCUCACCUCCUAUCCAGGUGGUAAACCUAAUGAUCUACAGUUUAUUAACCUCAAAACUAUUUCAUUGGAGGAUUGUGUCCACGCACACAAUGCAUCAAAACAACCUAUAAUGGAAACAGAAUUGUGUACAUUAACAACCAAAGGUGAAGGUGCGUGUCAGGGAGAUUCCGGUGGUCCAUUGGUUGACUCAAACGGUGUACAAGUUGGUAUUGUCUCAUGGGGGAAACCAUGCGCGCUUGGAUAUCCUGAUGUCUUCACCAGGGUGUAUUCAUUCUUGACUUGGAUCAAACAAAACAGACAUUAAUUAAUCUAAAAAAACAAAAUGGCGGUACAUAUACAUACAUAUUAAAUACAUAAUUGUAUAGCAUACAUUUUGUUUUUGUUUUGGUACAUUUCACAUCGAAAAUAAAUAUGUUUAGAUUACACAGCA